AUGGGUGUUAACGGGCUUUGGACGGUGAUCCAGCCGUGUGCACGGCCUACCAACCUGGCAACGCUCAAUCGAAAGCGUUUGGCUGUGGAUGCGUCGAUAUGGAUCUAUCAGUUUCUCAAGGCUGUUCGUGAUAAAGAAGGCAAUGCGCUUCGCAACUCUCAUAUUGUGGGAUUCUUUCGGCGCAUCUGCAAGCUUCUCUGGUUCGGCAUCCAGCCCGUCUUUGUGUUUGAUGGCGGCGCUCCAGCGUUGAAGCGAGCGACAAUUCAGAAGCGCAAACAGAGGCGGGAAGGGAGACGAGAAGAUGCCGUCAGGACUGCUGGAAAGCUUCUGGCUAUUCAGAUGCAGCGACUCGCAGAGGAGGAGGAGGAAAAACGCAAAAGGGAACAAGAGAGACCGCGCCCGGUGGAAGAAGAAGAAGAAGAAGAAAUACCCGAUGCCAGCAACUUGGUCUACGUUGAGGAGAUUGGCAUGUCUCAGCAGGAGAGGAUGCGAAAUCGCAAGUUUUAUAAGCAGGAUGCCUAUCACCUGCCGGAACUCGAGGGUGGAAUAGCAUCAAUGGGGAAGCCGGAUGAUCCUCGAAUCAUGAGCGUAGAGGAGCUAGAAGAAUACGCGCGCCAGUUCAAUAACGGAGAAGAUAUCAACUUGUACGACUUUAGCAAGAUUGAUUUUGACGGCGACUUCUUCAAGAGUCUUCCGCCGCCAGAUAGGUACAACAUUCUCAACGCAGCGAGAUUGAGAAGUCGACUCAGAAUGGGUCUGAGCAAGGAACAGCUUGAUGAUAUGUUUCCUGAUCGCAUGGCUUUCUCAAGAUUUCAGAUUGAGAGAGUCAAGGAGAGAAAUCACCUGACACAGCGACUCAUGUAUGAAAUCGGAAUGUCAGGUACGGACCUGACCCUUGGUGUUAAUGCCCGUAUUGCGGGAGAAAGAGAUCGAGAAUACAUCUUGGUCAAGAACGAGGGUGUAGAAGGAGGCUGGGCUCUUGGAGUGGUCAGCAAAGACAAGGAUGUCGGGGAAGCCCACAAGCCAAUUGAUGUGGAUGCCCUUCAAUUCCACUACCAGACAAAGGAAGAGGAAAGUGAAGAAGAAGAGGAUUUUGAAGAUGUGCCAAUCGUGGGGGUUAAUCGACUACCCAAGCUGUCCCAGUCAGGUGCUGCGAGCUUUCAAGCUGCUCAAGAUAUGAGUGGCAUACGACAACAAUUCUAUGCAAGCCACAGACAUGACGCUGUCAGCGACGAAGGUACCAACGAAGACUCCUUGUUCGUUGGAGGAAGAUUGGAUCCGACAGAGAAUGCUUUCGAGGAACAGCCUGCGGAGCAUAUGCAUCCAGAAGAAGAGCAUGAUCUCAAUCUUGCAAUUGCUUUGUCAUUGCAGAAUCAGCAUGGCAUUGGCCGACAGUCAGAAGACAACAUUGGUACGGAUGAUGAUGUCCGCGACAAGCCAGAGUGGACUCAAGUAGCCGUGGAAGCACCAAAGCCAAUCGGCCGUAGCAGUGGUUCAAUGAUUGCGCACAUUGUAAACAACCGAGCCAAUGCUGCUGUUCCAAAACGACAAGAAGCCCCAAUUACAGAGGAGAAAGCAAAAGAGAGCGACAGCGAUGACGAUAUGCAGGCAAUCCUAGCAAGGUCACGGAAGAUGAAAAAAUCUCAGCCAAAGCCAGUCUUUGAGAAUAAAAAGAAUCCUUUUGAUGGACCCCUUCCAUUCCCGAAGCUGGAUUGGGGAUCAUCUCUUUUUGCAAAGAAAAAGACGCAGCAAGAGAAGCCAAUUGUGGUUACAGCAGGAGGGGAUGACGGGCAACCGGAUAAGGAGGGAGAACAAGAAGAUGGCUUAGGCGGCGGCUUCGAGGUUGAACCUCAACAAGAAGAUGGCCCCAAGCCGUUACCUCCGUGGCUAGUGGAUGAUGAUACAGAUAUCCGAGAAGCAAUCAAGAAACAGCAAGACGUCGACAGGGAAAUCAAUGCUCAGGAUAGAGCCGAAGCGGAGGAGGAAGAAAACCUUCGGAGACGAGAGUUACGGGAUCAGUUGAUCGAAAUCCAGUCCUCUGAUGAUGAUGGUGGUGGCAGCGAUGAUGUGAAAAUCAUCGAGAUACCACCCUCACCAGAGGUGGUGCCAGUUUCUAGCCCUUCAAAGGUCGACAACGUUCUAGAAGAUGGUUUAAGCGGCGGCUUCGAGAUUGAUCCUCAGCAAGAAGAUGGCCCCAAGCCGCCUACCACCGAGACUACUCACAAGGAGAAGAGUAGGGCUGAGAGUGAAUCUCCAGAGCCUGAAUUUGAAGAAAUUCCUAUACUCGAGGUCCCCACUGCUCCGAUUCCGCCUGUUGUAGAAGCUCAGGACAACCAUGACUCACCUGAACCCGAAUUUGAAGACGUUCAACCAGCAAACGACACAACAGCUCAAGGAGAUCCACAGGCUGACUCUUUCUUAAUUGAGAGCAUUCCUUUGGGCCAACCUCCAGCCGAGGGGAUUGCGGAUGACGAUGACCUCUUUGCCGACGUAGAGUACGAUGAGUUUAGUGAUCCUGAGGACGAGGAACUCCUAGCACAGAUGGCCGAAGAAGCAGAGGAACAUGCUCGCUUCGCUAGUGAACUGAACAACAAGUCUACUCAGCAAAACAGGGAAGACUAUGAGAGGGAACUAAGAGCCCUUCGAAAUCAGCAGAAGAAGGACCGCCGUGACGCAGAUGAAGUGACUCAGACAAUGAUUACAGAGUGUCAAGCCUUGCUUCGCCUCUUUGGUAUCCCUUACAUCACCGCGCCGAUGGAAGCAGAAGCGCAGUGUGCAGAGCUGGUCCGGCUUGGCAUGGUCGACGGCAUCGUCACAGAUGACUCCGAUACAUUCCUCUUUGGGGGGACACGAGUUUACAAAAACAUGUUCAACAGCAACAAGUUCGUCGAGUGCUACGUUGGUGCAGAUCUCGAUAAAGAAAUGUCUCUUUCUCGAGAACAGCUCAUCUCCCUCGCUCAGCUUCUGGGGUCAGAUUACACAGAAGGACUACCUGGCGUUGGUCCAGUCACAGCUGUCGAAAUCCUUUCCGAGUUCCCUGGCAAAGACGGCCUCGAAAAAUUCCGCGAAUGGUGGAAAGAGGUACAAUCCCAAACACGGCCCAAGGAAGCAGAUGCAUCCUCUUCUUUCAGGCGCAAAUUCCGCAAGGCUCAAGCCACCAAGCUCUUCUUGCCCCUCGGUUUCCCCAGUCCAGCCGUUUUCGAGGCCUACCUCCACCCAAUGGUCGAUAGCAGCACAGAGCAAUUUCAAUGGGGUGUGCCUGAUGUGGCGGGGCUGCGAGAAUAUCUCAUGGCUACAAUUGGAUGGAGCAAGGAGCGUACAGAUGAGGUACUCGUGCCAGUGAUUCGUGACAUGAACAAGCGCGAGAUUGAAGGUACACAGAGCAACAUUACGAGGUUCUUUGGCGGAAGUGUUGGUGCCGGCGCAAGGGAGACAUUUGCUCCCAGGCAGAGGGUUCAAGGAAGCAAGCGGAUGGCAGCUGCGGUGGAUAGACUGAGGGCGAAUAUAGCUGGCGAAGAGGAGGCUCCGGAAGCUGGGGAUGCUUCGGGGGGUAAUAAACGAAGGAAAACGGACAGGCAGAGGCGUUCUUGAGAGGAUGUAUACAGCUUAUCUUUGUGGAUAAAUUCAUCAGAAAUUUGCUAGCCAGCACCCCAAGUUGGCUAUACAGCAUCCAGCGUCAUAAACUU